GAGGUGGUGUGGGUGUUGCUGCCUAAACUCUUCCGGUCCGAAGUCUUGUUCUGGCCGAGAGGGAGCCGAACUGGCGGCUUUGGGGCUUUUGGCGUUGGGUGGAUGGCGUCUUGGGGCCCAGAUGAGCCAAUGGGAUCCUGCCCGCUACGGCUGGGGCCAGAGAGGCAUCUUUUCCGGACGGCCCUCCGGCGAGAGGAAGGGUGGAAGCCACACCCGCGAAAGGUGGAAAGACUAUAUCACAGUUGGACAGUGGAUUCCAGGGACCUGUUUCAUUGCCUUCAAAGUUCCUUUGGAAAAGAGUUUUGAAGAGAAUCUUGCUCCAGAAGAAUGUUUUUCCCCCUUGGAUCUUUUUAACAAAGUCCAAGAACAGAAUGAAGAACUUGGACUGAUUAUUGAUUUAACAUAUACUCACCGCUAUUAUAAGCCAGAGACAAACUUAUCGGCGUCCACUGUACCCAUGGUGUAAACAGGACUGGCUACCUCCUCUGCAGGCGAGUUGCCAACCUCGAGAGGCAGACCCUGUUCCAGUUGUUUGGUUUACAAUAGUAAUGUAAGCUGGUUGCAGAAAAUCUGCGUAGAAACUUAUGAAAUCGAAAGGAGUCUUACUCCCACGCAGAGAUACCACUGGAAAUCGUUUAACCUGUUUUUUCACACUUUAAAAAUGCAGACAUAAGCAUAUACAUGUACUUUAAUGGUA